AAACCCCCAACAGAAGGAACAGAGAAAUCCAUUUUUGAGUGAAUCGAGCACUCGCCGCAAUGGCAAACUCUCUUCAACGGCUGGCUAGUAAUUCGAGCAAGGCUUAUCGAUCGGCUCCGGCUUCGGCUUCAUUUUCGAGAGCGUUCUCCGCCGGAGAUUCACCGGCCGGAGACAUGGGUAUGGUCUCCGGGAUCCCCCAAGAGCACCUCCGCCAAAAGGUUUCAAUUGUUUCACCUGCUACUCAGCAAGGAUCCGGAAAGCUUGGCCGAUGGAAAAAUAAUUUCAUUUCCACACAAAAGUCCCUCACCAGAACGUUCUUCUGCCGGGCCCUCUGCACAGCCAUGGAAACACGAACACAAAAGCUGGAACGGAUUGCCAGUGAGCUAUUGGACCUCAACAAGAUCGAGCGUCAUGAUUACGUCAUCUUGUUGCGCUACAAAAUGGGAAUCAACCGAUAUGGGCCUGCUGUCUCUGCACCGGGCCCACAAUCCCCUUCUUCAGCCGGUGGUGGUGCUGCCCCUGCUGCCGCCAAGGAGAAGACGGCGUUCGAUGUGAAAUUGGAGAAAUUCGACCCCGCGUCGAAGCUUAAGGUGAUUAAGGAGAUUAGAGCUUUUACGGAUUUAGGUCUGAAGGAGGCGAAGGAUUUGGUGGAGAAAACACCGUCGGUGGUGAAGAAGGGUGUUACCAAAGAAGAGGCGGAGAAGAUUGUGGCGAAGCUCAAGGAACUUGGUGCUACUGUCGUAUUGGAAUGAUUUUAUGUUGUUCGGUGUUGAUCAGUUAUCUGAAGCAAUAGCAUUUGCGACACGAGUUUGUCUUGGUAGUAAAAGAUGAAAUCUUGGCUUCUUAUUGCCAGAAGUACCAGAUUCUGAUGUCAUGAAAUAUUCUAUGUUGCAGUUGGAUCAUGGUUUCAUUAUGGGUUUAUCUUCCCAAACUUGACAUUAAUUACUUCCUAGCUUAGUUAUAAUUUUAUGAGGUGCUUAUUAAUAGCAGGGGCACAGCAAUCAUGCUUUUAUUAUUU